AUGUCGAACCCCAGAAUAGAAGAGCUCCCUGAUGAGGAGCCUGACAAGAAGGCCGCAGCAGAAGAUGCCUCCAGCUCCUCCGACUCCGAACCUGAAGCCGCUGGUGAAGGAGAGGCCAAUAUUCCGGCAGGUUCUGCAGUCGCAGUGCACAGCCGAAACGAGAAGAAGGCGAGAAAGGCAAUUGGCAAGCUGGGCUUGAAGCACGUCCCGGGGAUCACACGUGUUACGCUGAGGAGACCAAAAGGAAUUCUCUUCGUCAUCUCUAACCCUGAUGUCUACCGCUCGCCAACCAGCAACACUUGGAUCAUCUUUGGAGAGGCCAAGAUCGAAGACCUCAACUCACAAUCCCAAGCCGUUGCCGCUCAACAGCUCGCAGCCGCAGAAGCCGCCAAUGCAGAUCACUCUGGCCACGAUCACGCAGCUGAGAAUGGCAAGGGCAAGGCUGUCGAAGACAAGAAGGCCGAGGAUGAAGAAGACGAUGACGAGGAAGUGGAUGACAGUGGUCUCGAGGCUAAGGACAUCGAACUCGUCAUGACCCAGGCCUCCGUGUCACGGAAGAAGGCUGUCAAAGCUCUGAAAGAGAACGGCAACGACAUAGUCAACUCCAUCAUGGCGUUGAGUGUAUGA